AUGUCCAAACCACUUGAUCUCUCUCCUGAAGAAUCGAUUGCCGCUUCGCAAUACUCAGACAUUGAUUCUGCAGUCAGUUCUGCUGAUGGUGUUGAGGAUGGUAUAGAGCCUGAGAAAAACGAUACUUCACAAAAGCAAUCAUGGAAAGAGAUUCUCAUUCUUGGGUUCUCAUCCCUUGGUGCUAUUUAUGGUGAUAUAGGUACUUCCCCACUCUAUGUCCUUAAUACUAUCAAAUACCCAAAUUCUCCUCCAUCUCAAACUGAUAUAUACGGUGCUGUCUCGGUUAUUUUUUACCUCUUUACUAUUAUUGUGAUCAUCAAAUAUCUUUUGAUUGUUCUUGUCAUUGGUCCAAACAACGGUGAGGGUGGUCAGGUUGCAAUCUAUGCAAAAAUUGCAAGACAUCUCAAGAUUGGUCCAAGAGGUGUCACCAUCCCUGGUGGUCCAGAAAAGGAUGAUUUGCUUUUACUUUCAAGACAAGAAACUUCCCUGAGUUUCGUUUCACUUAGUUCAAAAUUGAACAAUUUCAAGAAUUCACCAGGUAUGAUUAAGAUAAUUUCAAAGAUUAUCUUGUGCGGUUGUUUCCUUGGCUGUUCAUUGGUUAUAUCAGAUGGUUUACUUACUCCAACCACUUCUGUACUUUCUGCUAUUGCCGGUAUCCAAAUUGCAAAACCAGAUUUCGAUAAUGUUCUUGUUGUUUCAGAAGUUGUGCUUGUUUGUCUUUUUGUCAUGCAACAAUUCGGUUCUGCAAAGAUUUCAUUUGCAUUUGCACCCAUUAUUUUCCUUUGGUUGAUCGGUCUUUUCAUUUGUGGGGUAAUAAAUAUUGCCAAAUAUCAUCCAGGAAUCUUCAAGGCAUUAUCUCCAUAUUAUGCAAUUCAACUUUUAAGAAAUGGAGGUAUUGAUGUGUUUUCUGGUGCUAUGUUAGCAAUCACUGGUACUGAAGCUAUGUUUGCUGAUAUUGGUCAUUUUGGUCGUCUUCCAGUACAGCUCUCCUUGACUGUCAUUGUUUACCCUGCACUUAUAAUUUGUUACUUGGGACAAGCAGCAUUUAUCCUUCACAACCCAGAAGCGUUACUGAAUCCUUUUUUCUUUUCCAUUCCUGGCGGACUUAAUAGUCCUUCGUAUUGGGUGAUGUUUGUUCUUGCAACCCUUAGUACAAUCAUUGCUUCACAGGCAUUAAUUUUGGGAGUCUUUCUGAUUAUUGCUCAAUUGAUCAACUUGGAUUGUUUCCCUAAAUUUAAGAUUGUUCAUGUUUCCAAAAAUUAUUCUGGUAAAGUUUAUAUUCCUGCCGUUAAUUGGGCAUUAAUGGUUGGGGUUGUAUGUACAACUGCAGGGUUCAAAAACAGUAAUAAUGUCACUGCUGCAUAUGGUUUGGGGAUUACUCUUGAUUUCUUGGUAACUAGUGUGCUUAUCAUGAUUUGCAUGGUUUAUGUUUACGAAUGGAACUUAAUCAUUCCAAUUAUAUUCUGUUUGGUUUUUGUACCUUUAGAGAUCAUCUUAGUGGUAUCCAACUUGAAAAAAGUUGUACAUGGUGCAUGGUUCCCCAUUAUGAUGGCUGGAUUGGUUUAUUUGUUCUUAUCAUUUUGGAGAUGGGCAAGAUCCAAGAAAGUUGAUCAAGAAUUCAAAGCCAGAGUGAAAAUCGGUGACUUGUACCCUGAAUACAAGCGCAUUCCAGUCAGUGAAACAGUCGAUUUGAGAAAUGGAGAUCUUCAAGAUGAAGAGUCCAGAGGAAGACAAAGACUUAGAGAAGAAGUUGUGGUUGAAUAUGGAAUUUCGUUGAAAUCAAUGCUCAAGAUUGGUACUGAUCUUAAAGUGAAUACCAUCUUUGGUAAUCAGCUUUUGAAACGGUAUCCAGGGGUUGCCAUUAUGUAUACUGAAGCCAUUCACACCUUGAAUUCACCUAACACUGUUCCACAACUAUAUAAAACAAUGGUCUCUUCCUUCCCUGCUAUUCCAAGUGUCUUUAUCUUUUGUGCUGUUAGAGUAUUAUCGAUUCCUAUUGUUCUGGAACUGGAGCGAGUCAUGAUUGGGUCUAUGAAAAUUCCUGGUCAUUAUAGAUGUAUUUUAAGAUUUGGGUUCAUGGAAGAAGUCCGAAUUGACGAUGAUCUAUUGCAUACUAUAUUGAAUACACUUCCAGAUACCCCAGAUCUUAUUGACAAUUUUAGUAAGGGUUUGAUACGCAAUACAAGUAGCAUUCCAGUUAUGCACGUGUUUGAGAAUGAACUUCUCCGAUCUCACAGGUAUGUGGGAGAUGAAUAUUCUACGAAGAACCCAUUGAUAAAGAUACAAAGAUGGUUAAGGAAAUUCAUGAUAAACCACAUGUUCAGUCCAAUAAAUUCUGCAUUCAGACCGAAAGGACAAAUUUUAAAGGGAGAUGAAGAGAAGGAGAAAGUUUUCAUAGGAAGUGUUGUCAGGAUAUAG